AUGUCUUCUCUACAACCUCUAGGGUGUAACAUUCCUCUUAUUCAAAAUCUUCCCAAAAGGCGUUUUUCUGCCACUUCAUUGAAGGAGGACGCGUUUAAUCUCCGUUUUACUCCGGGCACGCCCUGGUGCCCGGCAGAACGCCCACCCCUAGAAGCUGACUAUGCGAAAGAGUACGUCCUAGUGGACUUGGGAUGCCCGCGAUCAAUUUGUACGGUGGAGUCUAAAGAUGAGAACUUGAUGACUUAUUCUGGCGAGUAUUCCAUCGACAAAAAAAAUUGGAAGAAGUUGUCUACAAAUGAUACUACUCACUAUUAUAUGGAGGUAAAGGUUUUUUGGAGCAGUUAUGAACGAGAAAUCGCAUAGACAGAUUGAGAAAAUGUUUAGACUCAUUGGACCCUUCCCUUGCUCAACAACUUUUCAUUUUCUACUUCGAUUCAGCUCGUCACUGUAAUCUGUCGACGUUUAAUACAUUCUUAGUCAUAAAAACUGGAUGCAAAAUCGCGUUUAUAGCGGAAACCCAGUUUUUUCUCAAUUUGCUAUUUGCUGACAGACAAGCUAGUUCGUUAGACAACCAGGACACGAAGUUUUACCAAUAAUCGAUAGUAUAGAGAAAUAUGUUUUUCGCCUUGUCACGAGCGUGGGACAAAGAAAAAUUCUAAGUUCCCACGAGGAAUCGAACCUUCGGAAUCCGCGCUCCGAUGUUCUACCACUAAGCCAUAGAGACUCUACGGUGAGCGUGGUCUAUUACGAAGUUCGUAUGACACGCGUCCUGCAUACUGCUAGGAUCAGCAAUGUCGAUAGCGCCGUGUUUGUAAGUAGAAUAAAAGAGAUGCUAAGUUUUGAGCUCGGUAAAGAAAUAGAGAAGGAUGUUUUUCGUCUUGUCACGAGCGUGGGACAAAUAAAAAUUCUGAGUCCCCAUGUAUGCAGGACGCGUGUCAUAUGAAGUGCAUAAUAACUUACUGUCUCUCUCAUUCUAUUUACAAAUCGAUAGCAUGUGCCAAUACACAAGCAUCUAAAACGCAGUCCCAGGGAUUUAAUGCCAGUACAAACUACGGACGACAAGUCUCUGAGAUUCGGGGUCAAAUCGCAACAACAAUUCUAUCUGUGUGACAAGGAUAAAAAAAAUAGUCUUUGCCAUAGAAAUUUGUCCCGGAAACACGACGCACAAAUUCAAACGUGUUUGCAUUUGUGUGAUGAUCGCGAUGAACAGUGUCGCGUCGAAUUGUUUUGGAAGUUGCGCGACAGUGCGGCCGCGCAAAGAGCGACGGUCGGUCUUCUAUACGACGGCGCUUCCCAGAACAAAGAACGACCGAUCACCAGUAAAAUGCAUUUUGUCGCACUUCGGCGCUAAGUGUGUACAGGCAUUGGUUUCAAGCUGUGUUUUAUUCUGAUCUUCAGGAGUUUGAUGCAAACUAUAAGGCGCUCAUCACUCCUCCAGUCACAGCUCGUUUCUUUAGAUUCCAUUUGCUCAUGUGUUUUUGGAGCGAAGAAAAGAAAUCCCGUCCUUGUGGUAAAGUAGAGCUCUACAGUGAUGCAGGUUAGCCAUGCAAAUGACAAUAAACAAGUUAAUGCAACCAAUUAGCUCGCCACCAAGGCAAUCUCGCCACCAAGGUCGCUAAAUAUUUUAGUAUAAAUUCAAAGCUUAAGGCCACGCUUAAGUUUGAUCUUCAGUCUCGCGAGCAUCGCCAUAAGAAUGCCAAGGGCAAUACCGCAGAGGCGUGCUGAAGGCUCGAUAGUUUUUCCAAAAAGCUCACAAGGAGAUCCUUCAACUUUUUACCCCAUAACAACAACGACGAGUCACACGUUAGAGCCCAAGCAAACAGAUAGUUAUUUAAUCGAAUAUUUAAUAGCUAUACUGAAUACAAUUGCAACAUUAUUAGUGUUUGGUGCACAUACACGCGAUGUCCACACUCUGUCCUGGAUUGUGUUAUUUAGUUUUAACCUUUUACACGAGCGUGAUCUGAAGACAAAAACUUGUGCCUCCCUCAACCAAGCAGACGUAAAGUUAAAGCCCAUGGCUCGAAACUUUGUUGUGGUUUCGAAAAACACGUUUCCCUCACACUUCUUCCUUCCCAGUUACCAUAUAAAUAGUAAACAGUAGCAAAAACUUGGCUGAAAGUUUGCCCGUGGGCUCAGAAACUUUGUUGUGGUUUCGAAAACAUUUUCUGGAAAGGUUUCCUUCCUCCAGUUCAAGGGUUAUAACUAUAAAUAGUAAACAGUAGCAAAAACUUGGCUGAAAGUUUGCCCGUGGCUGUUCAAUAUGUACAGAUACGACAGGUCUUUUACAAUGACCUGCAAAGAUUUUCUGGAAAGGUUUGUAGCUCUGACCUCCUCGACAUAGAUCACUCAAGGGUUAUGAAAUAGAAAAUUUUUCGAAAAACAGGAACUAACAUUCAACCGCAAUAAUACCUUCUGACUGACUACAAAAUUUUGCACUGGCCGGGAAUCGAACCCGGGCCUCCCGCGUGGCAGGCGAGAAUUCUACCACUGAACCACCAGUGCUUCUAUGUUCAAUAGAAAACUUUAAUUUGGCCUGUGCUUUUAGAUUUCGAAUCCGUUCCAAUUAUAACAUGCCAUGUGGGUGACGCCAUCUCGAAUAAAACUACUGUGUUAUUGGACUAGAAUCUUCUUUGUCGACCACCCGAAACCCAAAUGCAUUCUGUUCCCCCAAGGUCAUCCCUCCCCCCCUAUGAUGCAUUAUUUCACACGUGACCUUGAUAAAUGUUGUAUCUAACAGAAUUAGAGACCAUCUUGUCGCCCUCUUUCGCUCGAUCACUGGUGACACUGGUCUGUUUCUUAUUUUCAUCCUUGAAGAGUUAAGGCAAAUAACAGGCUGUACGUGACCCACAAUUCUAGCAAAGCAAAGAGACAAAUAUAUUUGACUGAUGAAAUAUGUUCUUAAGGUUUAGAUCCAGAUGACUCAACGGAACCAAUGGGGUGCUUCAUUGAGCAAACCUCCAAGAAGAAGAAGAAAGAUCGUCUUCUUCCUGUGGUUUAUCAUACAGUUGGAGGCAAAAUCGUGAAGAAGCUCCCAGAUAUUUUGGCCAUAUACAAGGAGUGCCGACAAAAUGCCGAAGAUCAUGUGGAAAUUUUUGGUAUCUUGAACUUUAAACAUUGUGUUACAACCCAAAGCGGCAAAGAGGAAGGUUAUUUCAACAGCGCUAGGAAAUCUCGCAAAUGCAACAGCUGUUACAGCAAAGGCAUCGGGACUGGAAAAAGGCAGUGUUCGUCUACAAAAUAA